CCCCAGCGGCCAGGCGGAGCACGAAGGUGGGGCUGCUGCGGACAGAUAAACGGUGCGAGUCUGCGGCCGCAAGGCGGGGGCGCCCCUCCUGCCCCCGGGAGCCCGACACGGCCCCUCCCGCCCCGCCGGCACCUAGCUCGCCGCUUAGGGAUGCGGUCUUUCUAAGAUCCUCUGCCCCGCGCUGCCGCAGGCAACCGGCUUCCAAGACUUUCAUUCACCUCGCACAGCUCCUAUCGCCACGGUAACCACGCUGCCCGGGCUCCCGUCGCCACGGUAACCGGCACUUUGCGACCUUCGGUUUGCGGCGUGAUCGCGCCGGGGUCGCGUCGCUGCGCCGGUUGCUGGGCGACGGCGGAGCGAGCGAGCGAAGCUGGAGACGUCCGCUGCUCGGGGACCCUGUGGAGGCUUCUCCGCAGCACCCCUGCACCCCGAACUAUGGCGGCCGCGUCCCCGGGCAGGGCGGGGGGCUCGCGCUGGACAUGGCGCCCGGUGGCCCGGGACGCGCUGCUGGCGCGGGCCUUCCACUCGUGCACUGAGCUGCGGGGCCGGCUCUAUGUGGUGGGGGGCCUCCUGAGCGGCGGGGCGACGGAGCCGAGCGGCGACACCGUGGUCUUGGACGUGGUGGGGGGCCUGGCCGUGCGAGAGGGGGCGCGGGGCGGCCCGAGGCGCAGCCACCACGACGCGGCGGCGCUGUGCGGGCGCUGGCUGUGCACCGUGGGCGGCUGGGACGGGGCGCGCCGCCUGGCCUCGGUGGCUGCGCUGGACACGGAGCGCGGGGAGUGGGAAGCGUGGACCGCGGAGCCCGGCAGCCGCCCCCCCGCCGGCCUCAGCGGCCACACCUGCACCCGCCUGUCGGACCACGAGCUGCGGGUGGCCGGCCGGGAGGGCGGGACCCGCACUCAGCGCCGCUACGGCAGCAUCUACUCGCUGAGGCUCGACCCCAAUGCCCGAACCUAUUGCUACACGGAGGAAAGCUGCCGCUCGGCCUCCCGAUCCGGGCACUGCGCCGCCCUGCUCCCGACCCGGGGGCCCCGCCCAGGCCACCAGCUUCUGCUCUUCGGGGGCUGCAGCUCAGCUGACCCAGAAGUAGCUGGACAGUGGGGUCGCGGGAAGAUUAAGGAGGAGCCGCCCCAGGCCCCUGGUUUGAUGGCACAGCUGGGAAAGCUUGUGAGCAUCAGCCAGGGGUCCCCGCAGGGGCCCCGGGGACUUCGGUAUCACUCCUGUUCUGUGGUCGGGCCCUUUGCUGUGUUAUUCGGUGGAGAAACUCUGACCAGAGCCAGAGACACCGUCUGCAACGACCUCUAUGUCUACGACGCCCGCACUUCCCCUGCUCUGUGGUUCCGUUUCCCAUGUGCGGACCGGGCACUGAAGCGCGUGGGCCACCGGACCUGCCUUUGGAACGACCAGCUGUACCUAGUGGGCGGUUUCGGUGAGGACGGCAGGACGGCCAGCCCGCAGGUCUGCACCCUGGACCUCUACCUCUAAGGAACCAUGCCAGGUGCACAGUCAAGCCUCACAGUGUUAUUACUAGAGCUGCCUGCCUCACGUCAGAUGUUUAUUAAAUUGCAAUGUAAGAGCCAG